AUGGAAGGAAUUAAGAUAAUCACCAAGGGAAAUGGCCACCAAAUCUACCAAAACUCCGAAGGGAAAGCGUUCCAAGUUCACCACAGAUUCGGUAAUCGGAACACGUACAGGUGAAACAGGUACAAAACUGGAUGUAAAGCUAAACUCACAGUGUACAAAGAUGGCAAAAUCGUCAAAUCAAAACAAGGACAUACAUGAAUAGACACCCCAUUGAAAAGCAAAGGAAGUGAGUCUAUGAGCAUGCAGAAAACCAAGAAGGUCAAGAAAAGAGUUCUCAAAGCCAAGCAGAAGAGGAAGACCGGAGGUAAUGUCAUAUCUAAAUCUAAUAAAAACUCACAAAGAUCAAACACAAAAAGAGUUUUGCGAUCGACUGCGCAACCUAAGUAUUCUCAGUCAACAAAUCUAGGGAAUGAUAUCUCAGACGAAGUUCAGAAGUGAAGUCUUAAAGCAAAUCUCAGUUGUGCCAGUUCAGUGAUCAUUGACCAAAGUUUGAUAAAAGAUUCUUCAAAGCCAUCAUUAGAAAAGCUAAGUAAAAUAGAUCUCAAAAAUGAUUUAAAAGAUACAGAAGAUAUCUCAGAAAGUAUGAAGAAUUUCCUUGGAGAAACAGACUACUUACACCUUUACAACAAGGUAAAGGAAGACGAAGGGGAUGAGAAUUUAUACAAAGACUGGCUCAGAGUUCCCUCUGCAGAGAAGCUUAGCUGCCUGCCUUAUGAUCUUUUGACUAAAGCACUGAACCUAAAAGUUCUCAGGUAUACAGAAAGGAUGAAACCAUCAAAAUAA